AUGGCCCCCGUGCCUCAACCACAACCACCUGGCGGCAGCAGAAAGCAGCCACAUGGUCAGCUAAGUGCUUUCUCCUCCAUGCACCACGCAUGCAUCCCACAUCACUGCCCCUCUGCACGUUUUUCAUUCCGUUCGUCCAUCAAAACGCGGCCACUGGUGGCAGCACAGGGUACAGCCCACAGGCCCUCCUUACUUCAGGUAAAGCCUCCUCCAGGUGAGUCUCCUCAGGUGAACCUGUCAGUAGCCCAUCCAUCCACACUUCACUCUUGCCCUCGUUCGCUCUCGCUUCUCUCACUUGCCUUCGCCUCUUUACUCAUCACCCUCCUUUUUCUUCCUUAUCACACCUCCGUCCUUUCCCCCUCCUCCUCCCUUCCUCUCUCUGUCCUCUCUCGUCCCAGCGGGUCGCUCACAUGGGAGAGGCAGUGGCGGGGGACAUGGAAUAGAGUGCACAGGCAGCAGCUGCUUUCCACCACAACCCAACCACAGCUAACGCUCUCAGGUUUGCAGACGCGUUCUCACUUCUCUUCAGUUCUCUCCUUGCUGGUUGUGGGGAGGGGCGUGGGGGUCAACACCACCGCUCCCUCGCGCUCCUCCCCUGUGGCCGUGCAGGUGGCAGUGGUCGGAGGGGAGGGGGGCAGCACUCCACUCGGCUGCGGUGGGAAGGGAGAGUAUCGGGCUGGGUCGUCUGAAACAAGGUGGGUGGGAGGGAGGGGCGUGGGGGUCAACACCGCCACUCCUUCACAUCUCUCCCCUGUGGCUGUGCAGGUGGCUGUGGUGGGAGGCCUGAGAGUGGGAGCACUGAAGCAAGGACAGGAGAGUGAAGUCCACCCUCUCACUCACCUCCUCCUCUCUCCCUUUUCCCUUCCCUCCCAGCAGCACCCUACCUGGACCACAGUGGAAUCCCCUCCUUCCGUUCAUCCCCCCCUCCCUUCAAUCACCCCCUCCCCAGCAGCCUAA